AUGGCCCAAGACCAAGCCCUCGAUAAGCACCAAAAAUCGGUGCUCCGAAAGAUCACAACCGGCUGCUCUGAGACUACCGUUGAACCAUGUAUUUUCAGAUCGGCCACUCCCUCUUAUGACAGUCCCCUGAGACAUUAUACACGAAGCCAUACUGCUCCUCGACGAGUAAAAGAAACCCUCAACGCUCGUUCUGAAUACACAAAUAGUGAAGAUGACGGUACCGCUGAACACCGUAUAAACCAAUAUCUCAUAAAACAGGAGAUUGGAAGGGGCUCUUUUGGCGCUGUCCAUCUUGCUGUCGAUCAAUACGGCCAGGAAUACGCUGUGAAAGAAUUCUCCAAGUCUCGAUUGCGAAAGCGAGCCCAAUCCCAUGUCUUGCGCAAUCCCCGGGGAACCAGGCGUCCUGGUGUCAUCGCCGCCGGCCUGGGUUUCAACUCUCCGCUCCACCGCCAUCCAUCGAGCCAUGAAGAUGAGGACGGUGGCAAUCCCCUAUAUUUGAUCAAAGAGGAAAUCGCCAUUAUGAAAAAACUACAUCAUAAUAACCUGGUGGCUCUAAUCGAAGUGCUCGACGAUCCCACGGAAGACUCGUUGUAUAUGGUCAUGGAGAUGUGCAAAAAAGGGGUAAUCAUGAAAGUGGGCUUGGGGGAAGAAUCCGACCCGUAUGACAACGAACACUGCCGUUGCUGGUUUCGUGAUUUGAUCCUGGGUGUGGAGUACCUCCAUGCGCAGAAUAUCGUCCACCGGGAUAUCAAACCGGACAAUUGCCUACUGACUAACGAUGAUGUGCUAAAAGUCGUCGACUUUGGCGUGUCCGAAAUGUUUCAGAGGGAUUCUGAUAUGUAUACCGCGAAAUCGGCAGGGUCGCCUGCUUUUCUACCCCCGGAACUCUGUGUAGCUAAGCACGGGGAUAUAUCAGGUACUGCAGCGGAUAUUUGGUCUAUGGGAGUGACGCUUUACUGUCUUCGCUAUGGGCGAAUACCAUUCGAAAAAGAGAGCAUCUUUGAGUUGUACGAGUCUAUUCGGAAUGACGAAGCCCAGUAUGAGAAUGAAACAGACGAGGAUUUUAUGGACCUGAUGUCAAGAAUCUUGGAAAAGGAUCCAGCGAAAAGGAUCAAGAUGCCGGGGUUAAGGGAUCAUCCAUGGGUCACAAAAAGGGGUAGUGAUCCCUUACUAUCAGCUGAGGAAAACACUGCCAAUCUCAUUGGGGAUCUGACCGAAGAAGAAGUGAACACUGCCAUUACCAAGAAGAUCGGUAAUGUGCUUACAGUGGUAAGGGCAGUACAAAAAUUCAAAAGGCUCAUCGAACCAGAAAAUGCCCCGCCAAUGCAAAGCAUCUUGGGCCAAGAUGUGGAGCCACAUUUCGUCCAACCGCCACUAUCCAUGGAGGCUCCCGGCGUGGAAUUCUCUUCUGCGCAUACAGCAACCCAAAAUACUCCCCCAGGGUCCAGGAGUAUCCAUUCAAAAACUGGUUUAACAGACUCCAGGCGCCAAAUUGCCGAAAGAAAUCUUAACAUAAAUCCCGCCAUGCGGAAAAGCGACAAUGCUUCCCGUCUCACAAAUAAUAACCCAGAAGAAUCGCUGCAGGGGGCCUGCCAGCACAGCCUGGUGUCAACCACCAAUUCCUCCUCUCCACCCCCGCAGAUCUCUCGUACCAACACCCCGAGCAAACAGAGCUUUUCAGAAGGAACUCGUGGCCACGCGCGAGAUCCACUGGAGGAAGAACACCCGUUUCUUUUCAUUGGUCCAUCAACAUUCACCGGCGUUCUUACAGCAGAGGACGAGAGAAUAUCAUUGGGCUACUUCACCACUGCCACUACCCCCUGUUCCUCUGCUACAGAAACACGGGAUAUUUCCAAUAACAGCAACGAUGUCAGCGGCACCUAUGGCUUCCCGACGACCUCUGAAAUGGGUCCAGUACCCAUCGUGAGUGAAUCGCCUGGUGCAGCGGAUAUCGACAUCUAUGAAACGGCGUAUACGGAGGAGGUCGAGCGGAUUCGGAAACAGAGUCUGGCACGACAUGCCCCGACGCCAAAGGUGUACCUUACCCGCCGCGUUGAGGGGAAGGAAUCAACUCUGGGUAAGUUGUUGAGGCAGGCAGCAGAUGCGGGAUCGGAACAGAAAGGCGACCCACCUGUUGCGGGCGUAUCAACUACCCUGCCUGUUUUGACUCCCGCAGAUGAAAACACUCGUGAAAUUGCGGCAGAAGUUGCAGCUGUUGGUUCCGUGGAUAUAUCGUCCCAAGAACAAACUCCGGAGGGAAAGGGUAGGAGUGUGGAAGCAGGCGGCGAGGCAGAGCCUGCCGCCUCUUCGGAACGACAAGUAGAAGCAGAACAACAAACCCAAGUAUCCCCAUCCGCCAUCCGGUCUCUCUUCACGAAAUCGACAAGUGCUACCGUUGACAUGACGGAUUCAAUCAACGCGACCGCAGCCACGGCGAAGACGCCUGCUACGCAAAAGUCUCGGAGUAGCUUACGUUCAAUACUUGGCCGGGUGAGGAGGGAGAGUGGCCAUUUUAGGCAAAAGAAAGAAUAG